AGGAAACGGGGAUAAAGUGAACAAGAGUGAGCCAGAUAGAGAGACAAGGCAGAGAGGGGCCGUUUGGAGAAGCAUCGGGCCGCUGUUUAUGUUGGUGAAGAGGGAGGAAAAGCUUCGAUCUUUCUGUCCCUUCGCGUCGCUUCUCGGCGCGUUUCAAAUGUCAAUGGAAUCAGAUUGAAGAGCGGAAUCGAGAAAUCGAGCGAGAAUCUUCGUUUCCUGUGGUCGGUGUUGGAUUCGAGACAGCGUGUUCGAGUGGCGAGAGGAGACUGCAGUGCAGAAGAGCUAGCCGUCUGAUCAUGGAUGAAUCAGAGAAGGACGCAGAGGGAUCGCGAGGUUUGAUGCGCGGCAGAAGAAUGGCUAAUCGAUCCUCGCCCGCAACGCGACAGCAGCGAAUGGGCUCCUCUUCUCCAACCGUUUCUAAUGAUAACGGCGAUUGUAGUUUUGGAGAUGGAGUGAAUGAUAAUGUGGCAAUGGUUAGGCGGAAGAAGGUUAAGAUCAAUGCUUCCAGAUGGAGAUCAAGCAAUAAGGAUGCUUCUGGCGACGCAGGUGGCAGUGACUCUGAAGCUGAGGAUUUUGGUUCAUUCCAACCAAUGUUUAGUGCAACAUGUGCCACUAGUCUUCCUAGUCAAAAGAAAGAACGGCUACAGAGAAAGGUUGCUGAGGAGAGUGAUUCUGUUGAUCCUGCACUUGUUCCAAGGAAAUUGAGAUCAGCUAUAAAUAAACGCAGCAGAGGACCCUUAUCUCUUGCAAUACCAAAUGCAAAGAAGAAACACUGUCAAACUUUUAAUAGACUUCCUGGGUUUCCAAGAAACGGAGGAAGGAAAUGCAAGCAAAAUCAGUUGUUCGAAGCAUUUACAAAGGAUGAAGAGGUUGUUAUCGAGGCUUUGUGUGAAUUAUCCAAAAUGCUACCUAUAGGUGCACAAACUGCAGAUAAGGAAGAUAGAAAAGCAUUGGACAAUCACCAAAUUUACUUGGCUAGUUGCUCAGAAGGUUCGAAAGUGGAUAAAAAUCUUUUGCAACAAGCCCUGGCUGAUGAAAGUAAGAAUACCUCUUCUUGCUUGGUGAAGCCAUUAGAAGAUGAAAAAAUUGAAGUGCAUGCUCCUUCUGAGCAGUCUACGGCAGUUUGCCAGAAAAAAACUGCUGAUUCUAAUUUGAAUAGAACUCCAGAACUAACUUUGAUUGAAACUGAACACCCAGAGAAUGCUCCUUCCAUAACUUGUAUGAGUAUUUCCAGACGUCCAGGAGUGCUGCAUCGUUGCUGUACUGGAAAUAGAGUGAUACAACCAGCUGAGCAAGUUGAGUGUAACAAUGAAGGAACUCCAUCACAAAUCCAGAAAUCAAGCAGUUCUACAGUUUGGUCUCGUCCUCGGAAUAAUAUCACUGGACUUUCUUCCAAAGUAAUUGAUCUUCCAACUGAGAAGGUUCCUCUUGGUGCAAUCCCAACAUGGAAGAAGUGCGCCAUCCAUGUAUUCAUCGGACAUAAUAUCAAAAGCUAUCAGGAUAAAGAGAGACAAUGCAGACUUUCCUCAGUGUGUGAUGAAUCUAAGCAGGGGGAGAGAAAAUCAUGUGCACUAGCAAACAAUGAGAGAGCUGGGUCACAAAGUGGAUCGAGUGGAAUGGCUUCUGCUGCUAUUUCUCUAGUGGAGAGGAAUAAGCACGAAGGAAGAAAUGGAAUUUUAUGUUAUAGUAGACAGAUGCAAGCCCAGCAAUAUUCUGGUUUACUGGAUGCCAAGCAAAAACCGGUCUGUGACUUUCUUUCGUUGUCAUCCGGAGGUGAUAGUGUCCAUACUGCAGACGGAGCGAAGUUUACUGGGCAGCUUCAUUCUCCCAAUUUGCAUACCCAUGUUCCUCAACAUUCCCUUAUGCCUUUUCCUUUCCAUAGUUAUCCAUAUGCCCUACCUUAUUCAGAAAAGCUACUUCCUGUGGCGACUCAACAGGUGCAACUACAGGCACCACAUUUUAUGGGAAAUCAAUUCUAUAGACCCCAGAUGGAUAGCGCCAUCAGCAAUAUACAGCUUCAACAGCAGUAUCAGCUGCAACUGCUAUGGCAGGCUCAUUAUGCUAACUACCGACCCCCUGCAGGUAUCGGUGUGCCACCGAAUGAGCGGCCACACGACUCUUCUGCUUCUCUUGUCCAAAGUGCUCGGACUUCAAUUCUCUCUCCUCCCCUUUCUGUACAGAUGCAAGGCGAAUCUUAUCACCCAACUUUCCUUCGUCAACAUCGUCAGCUUAUUGCUAAUGCUUCCUCAUCAUCUGCAAAUGUAAAGCCUCACAAGAACCGACAAUUGGGGACCCUGUUAUGAGUGGCUCUCGUGAUAGACACUCUCUUGGUGACAAAUUUAUCCAAUAGGAUGACAUAUCCACUUAUCUUGUUCUUUCGAGGGCGGCCUAGCUGCGGUUUACAAGCACUCUCGAUGACAAAUUUAUCCACUAGGAUGACAUUUCCGACACCUCUGUCUAUAUACUUGGCGAAGCAUAUAGGAAGCGAACUCGUCCUGAUGAUCUGGUUUUCUUUUGCAUUGGUAAAAGAAGGAAGAGCCCUGUGUUCAGUGCUUGGCACUCCAAUUUAGUUAGAUUUGUGUGUUUCGCUGCACUUCGUGACGUGGGCUAGUAAUAUGGUGCAGUGAUGCUCAAGUCUAAUUAAAUCAGAUAUUUGGUAAAUAUGUUAAAAAGUUGUGAUAUUUGUAGCGACAUCUAUGGGUAAUGCAAUGAUAGUUACAAUAGUAAGAGUUUUUGGGAUAUAUUCAA